AACAUAAAUUUGAAUCUGAAAUAAAAAUGAGCUGCAAUGGUUGCCGUGUUCUCCGGAAAGGUUGCAGCGAGAAUUGUAUCCUCCGGCCAUGUAUUCAAUGGAUUGAAACCGCCGAUGCUCAAGGUCACGCCACCGUCUUCGUCGCUAAAUUCUUCGGCCGUGCUGGUCUCAUGUCUUUUAUCUCCGCCGUACCAGAAUCUCAACGUCCUGCUUUGUUUCAGUCUUUGCUCUACGAAGCUUGUGGAAGAACUGUGAAUCCAGUAAACGGAGCUAUCGGAAUGUUAUGGACUGGAAAUUGGAAUAUCUGUCAAGCGGCUGUUGAAACGGUGCUUCGCGGCGGUUCUUUAAGACCGAUCCCGGAGCUUGGCGGCGGAUUCGCUGGUUUUCCUUCGCCUACAUCUGAAGAAGCAUCUGAGAUCUGCACUGAAAUGUUGAAUCUUCAGCAAAAUGAUUCAACCGAUCGUAACAUCUACCAUCAUUCUCGAUUUUCAAGCUCUAGAUCUAGAUCUACGAUGGAUUCUUCUUCUCCGACGAAACGUAAGCGAUUAGCAUCAGAACAACAACCAUCUUCGGAGCUUGAUCUAUCUCUCAUCCCUAAUUUUCCCAUUAAAACAACAACGCCUCCUUCUACACGGCGGCGAUCGUUAACUCCGUCGAUGAACUCAGAGGACUCCGUGACGACGACUACGACGACGGCGUUUUGUGACAAAGGUGAUGUGUACGGGAACGGAGGAGGAGAAACGACCAAGUUGCUUAACCUUUUUGUUUAAUGCAAAACGGCGUCGGUUUUUUCUCAGACUUAGUCUAGGGUUUAAAAUGUAAUUUUACACAUUUUCUUCUCUUUUUUUCCCGUGGAUAAAAAGUAUUGGACCGG